CUUCUGCUCGCGGCCGUGCCCCGACGGUUUCUGGGGGCAAGACUGCCGCCAUCACUGCGGCUGCAGCGCCGGCGCCGCAUGCGACCCCACCACAGGCGCUUGCGUCUGUCCGCCGGGCAAACAUGGGCAGCACUGCUCUAAAACGUGCCCCGUGGACCGGUGGGGCAGCGACUGCGAGCACGUGUGCCUGUGCCACAACGGGGGCACCUGCGACCGCGCGUCCGGUGCCUGCAUUUGCCCCGCUGGCUACACCGGUGCUACAUGCCAGGACCGAUGCCCCAAGGGAACGUAGGUAGCAACUGUCAGCAUACGUGUCUGUGCCAGCACGGGGCCACGUGUCAGCAUGACACAGGUGCCUGCGUGUGUCCACCUGGCUUCAGCGGCACAUACUGCGAGACCGGCUGUGACGAAGGCAGCUUUGGCCCCGGGUGCGUGCUGGCCUGCGACUGCCACAACGAGGGCCAUUGCGAUCCAGUGACGGGGGCCUGCGAGUGCCAGCCCGGAUGGAGGGGGAAGAAGUGCCAUAAACCAUGCCAUCAGGGUUUCUGGGGCCGCGAGUGCGAACAAGUAUGCGACUGCGAGCACGGAGCACAGUGCCACCAUGUCACCGGGGAAUGUCACUGCACCCCAGGCUUCACCGGAGACAAGUGCCAGUUCAUUUGUCCUGUCGGGUUCUUCGGCGAGGAGUGCAACGAGCGCUGCGCAUGUGGCCCUGAGGAGCCUUGCGACCACGUGACGGGGGCCUGCGCCUGCUCGCCCGGGAGACAGGGAGCGCAGUGCCAUGAAUACUGCCUGGAGGGUCAGUGGGGCGAGCAGUGCCAGAAAGAGUGCCAGUGUGCGGGCUCAUCCUUGUGCGACCCUGUCACGGGCGAGUGCUUUUGCCCGGCGGGUUUGCGGGGAAGAAAGUGCCGAAGAGGGUGCCAUAGAGGCCAUUAUGGCGUCGACUGUAAACAAAAAUGCAGGUGUUCAAACGGGGGCGUCUGUGACCCUGUGAGCGGCCAGUGCCAGUGCCGACCGGGUCACUUCGGCCCAACGUGCUCCCUGGCCUGCCCGCCUGGCACCUACGGGCCAAACUGCAACCAGACCUGCAUGUGCGAGCACGGCGGCGUCUGCACAAGGAGUGGCGAGUGCAGGUGUCCUGCAGGAUACACCGGGGCCUUCUGUGAGGCGCGAUGCCCUGUCGACACUUGGGGACUUCGCUGUGCCUUCCAGUGCAAGUGCCACAACGGUGCCAUAUGUCAUCCGGCCACGGGCGAGUGCCAGUGCGGCCUCGGGUGGACCGGGCAGCACUGCGCCGAGGCGUGCGGCCCGGGCCGCUAUGGGCCGGACUGCAAGCUGGACUGCGCCUGCCACCACAACGCCUCCUGCGACCGCUUCUCCGGCUGCUGCGACUGCGGGCCCGGCCGCUACGGCCGCUAUUGCGAGCUGGAAUGCCCAGCCGGCUUCUACGGGGUAUACUGCACACGUGUUUGUGAAUGCGAAAACGGUGCCACAUGUGACCCUCAGACCGGGCAGUGCCGCUGUCCGCCGGGAUUUACCGGCGAAACCUGCGCUGACACCUGCCCUCCAGGUACUUACGGUGCCCACUGCCGGAUGAUGUGCCACUGUGGCCAGUUCGCCUGCAACAAAACGACCGGAGAGUGCCAGUGCCCCGCUGGCACUCAUGGGGAGCACUGUGCCAUGCCGUGUGGCCCUGGUAAGUUCGGGCCCGGAUGCCAGCGCGUGUGCGAGUGCCACAACGGGGGCAGCUGCCACCCGGCGACGGGGCACUGCUCGUGCACGCCGGGCUGGCUCGGCCCGAAGUGCCAGGAGAGGGACGUUUCCUUCGUGACGGCGAGCGACCAGCGGGGGCGAGCGGACAUUCCAGUCGAGCUCAGCUGAGCUUCGGGAGAGAGAUAGGCCUAUGGAGAGGCAGAGGGUGAUGCGAAGAGGCAGUGAACGCGAGGUGGUUCGUGGGGGGAAAAAGGACAGUGAUUGAUUUGUAUAGAGACUUUUUUUUUGGCUAUAAAUGGACAGUGAGCAUACUGUAAUGGAUUUAAUGAAAUAGCUAUAUCCUUGCUGAAUAAUGCUGUGCAAAUCAGGAUAAUCAUUUUAUCAGGCGAAUGGUCAUGAUCACUGAGCACAGGACCGACAAUUUAGAAAUCAGUGUUGACGACUCAUUUGGCGAAACAGAAAAUAGCAUUAAAUUCAAUACACUGCAAAAAUAGAAGAAGAGGAAAUCAUAGAAAUGUCGAUAUGAAUGAUAAUUAGAGAAAGAAACCACAGAUAGAAAGUAUCAAUUGUAUUGUGUGUCCGACGCUGCGACCGAGGCAGCCUCAGAGAUGCACAAUUUGAUGAGAUAUAUAUUUUCUAAAAAGAA